AUGGAUGGAGAAAUGGAAGAUGCGGAGGCGAUGAUGAUGCGAACGGCACAAACGCGCACCAGCAACGGCGGCGUAUGUCAGUUCAGGGCAGGCCAGGUCGGUCGGUUACAGUCUACUAGUACCAUCAACUCUCAGUUCAGGAGUUUUUACGGCGUACAGGCGGGAACAACAAAAUGCGGGCUGCAGAAAGGUCUUGGGGUUCACGCCCCCUCCAUUCCUCGCUGGUGUUCUGUCGACACGCCCCCUCCUUUCUGCAUGCCAUCCCCCUUGUUCAUGCCUCGCUGGUGGAUCCAGUACUAG